AAAGGAACUUCUUCUGCCAUGACCGAAGUGCUGCAUGGUGGCAGGUUAGAUGUCACCAUUCUGACACCGCUGAAGGUUUGACUCCAAUUCUUUAUGGGUCAGGAGAGCUUGAAAGAGACUGGAUGGAGAGAAGACAGAAAUUCACUGGAGUUGGAAGUUGGUGGCCUUAGAGCAGCCUAUCCUAAAUUAGGAUGGAGUAGAAUCCUAAUACCUGAUAAGCAUUCCCUCAUUAUGGAUGCUGGAAAGCUGUAUGUCCUUGACAGCCUCUUAAAGAAGCUUAAAGCUGGAGGUCACAGAGUGUUGAUUUACUCCCAGAUGACAAAAAUGAUUGAUUUACUUGAGGAGUACAUGUGGCAUCGAAAGCACAAAUACAUGAGGCUUGAUGGAUCAUCGAAGAUUUCAGACCGAAGAGAUAUGGUGGCUGAUUUCCAGACGAAAGCAGAUAUAUUUGUGUUCUUGUUAUCCACCCGAGCUGGAGGGGUUGGUAUCAACCUCACUGCUGCUGAUACUGUUAUUUUCUAUGACUCUGAUUGGAACCCCACUGUUGACCAGCAGGCUAUGGACCGAGCUCAUCGAUUAGGCCAAACAAAACAGGUUACAGUGUAUCGUUUGGUCUGUAAAGCCACUAUUGAAGAAAGGAUCCUACAGAGAGCCAGGGAAAAGAGUGAGAUUCAGCGAAUGGUUAUAAGUGGUGGUAAUUUCAAGCCUGACACAUUGAAGCCAAAGGAAGUUGUCUCGCUCCUGUUGGAUGAUGACAUUGAGAAGCAAUAUCGAGCUAGACAGCAAGAAAGACGAAUUUUAGAAGAACACAAGAUUGAAGUUAAUCGAGAAAAGAUGAGAGAGAGAAUGAGAAAAAGAUAUGCUGAGAAGAAAUGGGAGAGAGAACAAGAGGAAAAGCGUCGUCGGAUUGAAGAAGGUAUUGUGGAUAUUGGUGGUGGUGGGGAUACCACUCCACUCAACUCGACACCAGCAUCUCCGACGCACAGUGAGGUAUCUGUCACAACUAGUCUUCAUUUAGAUGAUGGAAGUAAUGAUGGUUCUCUUAUUGUUGAUGUAGAGUCGCCAGCACCAUCUACACCUGUGUCAUUAUCAGGGAGUGGUAUUAUUGGAGGUAGUAAUCUCCCACCUUCUUCAUCUGGGGGUACUCCUAUUCGGGGUCAGAGAAAGAGAGGACGGCCCAAAGGUUCCACUCUUCGGGGAAGGUUAUCUAGAUCUGCUGAUGGGGUUUCUUCAUCUCCAGCAACAUCAGCAGUUUCUUCAUCUGUUGGUGUUGGUGGUGGGUCAUCUUCACUUCCUGGUAGCGGCUCCCCAGGUAGUGGAAACAGUGGUAGUCCAGUAGGUUCUAAUGGAGCAGGGGGAAGUGGUCUUCCAAUGAAAAGAGGUCGAGGACGACCUCGUCUACUGCCACUGGGUCCUGGCCAUCAGGGAACGAGGACUCCACCAGCUUUACCGUUGGCUUUAGGCACAACUCUUAAUACCCCAAAACCAGAUGAUAAUUCUCAGAAACCUUUUGGUUUUUAUACGUGAAUGCAAUUUUUAUAAAAAACAAUUGACAUAUCAUGGAACGUUUAAUGUGGGAAUGGUAACUGAUACUCAUUGUAAAGUUAUUUAUUCUAUUUAUUCAAGUUUUGAUUGCUGAUAAUCAAAACAAAAAGUCAACUGUUGUUUAUGCAUUCUUCAUGCUUGGAGGAAUUAGGCCUAAUUUAUAUAGUAGGCUUGAUGAGCAUUUUUAAUAUUGGAAUUUGGUGAUUUUAGGAAUGUAAUUUUCUCAGGUUUAAAAGAUUUUAACAGUUGAAAAUAUUUGAAAUGUGAAAGACCUAAGUGAUGAAAUUUUGGAAAGCAAGUGAAAAUUUGAAUUGAAGUUAAAUUACAGUGAUUUGUUAGAGUUUGUGCAAUAAUUGGGAGUGAUGAAUAUUUUAGAUUUACUGAAAAACAUUAUUGUAUGUUUUGAAAUCUUCUUAAAAAUGUUAACAAGUCUUCCUUAGUUAUAUUGUCAAGGUAAUUGAAAGUCAACAAACUGGUUUAUUUAUGACCAUAGUCCAAAGUAUUGUACAUAUUCUGUAACAAUGGCAUUUUGAGUUGGUUUGGAACUUAUA